AUGGCGCCCUCGAUACUGCGCUUCCCGAAGCCAAGCAGCCUCCUGCACUUCAUCUCCCUCCGCACAGCCACCGAGUUCAUCAACUUCACGCUCCUUAUCAACAAAGUCACCGGCUUCUAUGGCAUCCUCGCCAUCUUCACGGGCUACCACCUCAACCCGCUGCAACUAUCGCACUACAUCUACUGCUUGGUGGUCCUCGGCUUGAUCAUGUGGCUAAUGCCCAGCAUCCGGAGACCGGACCAUCCGCUGAAGAAUGUCGCGCUGGCAUAUGUCUACGUGAUCGACAUGGUCGUUAGCUCCGUAUAUACUGCGUUGUUUGGCACAGGGUGGUUCUUGCUUCUGACCCAACAUCUGCAAGAGCCCGGCAAGGACAGUCCCAUAGGAGGAGGCGCGAUGGGAGGCAACACCAUGGACGAGACAGCCGGUUUCACAGACCCGGAGAAGAAUGUCUCGCAAGUGGACGUCGUUGCGAAGCCAGCAAACGGACUGUUCGCAGGUCAAGACGCGAUCGCAUACGGACACUCGCAAGUUGCAGGCGGACUCGGCGGCGCAGUUCUACAGAGCGACAGCAUGACGAGCAUUGCGCUUCUGGCGACCUUUACCAUCGUUAGGCUCUACUUCUGCAUCAUUGUCCUGUCGUACGCACGGGGCAUCUUGCGACAACAUGUUGCAUCUACGUCCGCGCAAGACGGUAGCUACAGCGACUCGAGCGAUCCAACGAUGGCAGAGUCACCUUUCCGAGUAGGACGCGAAGAAGGCGCAGGGUGGAAGGGCAAGCUUGGAAGGAUCAUGGUCACUCUCCCGAGCAAGCGAUACUGGCUAGGCAAGGAGGAGGGCUUGACUGGGCAGAGCGAGUGGGAGCGCGCAACGAGUGGACGAUUCGAGAGCGGGAGACGGCCAUUGAGGAUCAAGGUACCAGAGGGAGGCCUCGGCGAACGCGAAAGGCGAGCGCGAAGCGGUACCGGACCACCAGCCUUUGCAGGGAAGAAAGUGCCAGAGUAG